GUCAAAAUUUUCAGACGUAGUCUAUGGUCAAUGUCGUAGAUACACAUCACGAUAUUGGAGAAAAGUUCGAAAUUUUUAAUUUUAUGCAGUCAAAAAUAGCACAGGAAGCAAUAUAGAAGUUUGUUUUCACUACACAAACAACUAUGGCUUUAACAGUGGACAAAUUGAUGAACGACGAAAGGUUCAGUGGUGACAAUGUACUCCAGUUUCUCCUAUACCUGCCGUUUGGUAUACUACUGCUGGUAGUCAGACUGCUUCUGGCUCUGGUGCUGUGGGUGGCAUCAAUAAUAUUGCCAAACAAAUCCGGAGUCAGACAAAUGCUAUCAACGCUCGCAUGUUGGACAUUUGGUGUAUAUGUAAAACUAAAGGGCACCCGCGACCCGCGUUGUAGCGUGAUGGUGGCGAACUACGUGUCGUGUCUCGACUCACUCGCCGCUUCACAUGUGCUUGGCACCAUUAGUCUCAGAAAAUGGAAAGUACCUCCAUUUUUUGCAUCAACUCUUGGAAUAAGGAAUGCAGCACAAUUUGUAAGAAAGCAACACUUCGCUGAAUGCCCCAGUAAGCCCGUGCUGUUACAGCCUGAGGGAGGGCCAACCAACGGCAAGGGCUUACUCAAGUUCACAGACUGGCCCUGCCCACUUGGCAACCGCGUGCAACCCGUCGCUAUCAGUGUAGAGCGCAUGUUCACGAACGUGACCGUCCACGGCGGUGACAGUCGCUCGUCGUUCCCCUGGGCAGACGCGCUGUGGUUCCUGUGCACGCCGGUCACCGUGUACUCGCUGCGCCUGCUGCCGCCUGUAGAGAGGCAUGAUGACGACGACGCUGCUAUGGCCAAUAACCUUAGUGCGGCUAUCGCUGAGGCGUUACAGAUCGAGAGAACAGAAUUCAAAUGGGAAGAGCUCCGUCCCCGCGGUCGCGCCCCCCCCUCGCGUCGAGCCGGCGGCGCGGGUGACGUCACCACGCUCGCGCGGCAGGUCAAGGAGGUGCUGCCUGCCGUGCCCAUACACGAUAUACUCAGGGAUUUAGCUAAAACCCGCAGCGUGGACGUCACAAUAACUAACUUCUUGGAGGGGGUGACUCCCUACACCCCUGAGGACACGACAGAGCCCCGACCCUCCACCUCCAAGCCUCGCUACGUGACCCCAGCACCCACCGGCGUCUUCCCCAAGAGUGCCAAGGAACGCCAGCUCAGCUUCCAAGAACGGAAAGCUCAAAUGAUAGCAGAAGCGAAAAAGAGGUAUAUUGAGAAAAAUGGCCUCAAUCUAGCACUAAAUAAUUGUUGAAUCUUUUUAAGGGUAGUUUGGUUGUUUAUGAUGGCAAAAGUGCUCGAAUGCACGUUAAGCGCUUAGGUAUUGAAAUGUCGGCGCUUGCAAUAAUCAAAAAUCUUUUUGAUGAUCUCAAUUUUCAAAGAAAUAUUUGAUGUUUAAACUAAUUUUUGAUAGCUACCUUAUAAAGUCAUGCUUGAAACAUCACGGAUUUAAAGAAGCAAAAUUAAAUCUAUCUUAUACUCGUCUAGGGUGAACAGAUUUAGACGAUAUUGUGUAUAAAGAUACUCCUAAAACCUUGGAAAAGACAUAAUACACAUCACUGCAUCUGCUUUAAACCAGUUAUUAACAUACGCAAUCAUGCAUUGACAUCUAAUUUUGUUUUGAACUUAGCUGUAAAUAAAUCGUCACCGCUUAAAAAAUAGAAAUAUAAUGCUACAUGAAUUCUGCUGUGACGAAUUAAAACGUGCAAAGCCGUAAGUUUUGAAGGCUUUCUACUGGAUUGGUCACUUGUAAAUAUUCAAACUGUGUUAAUUCAAUACAGAAAAUGGCCACAUAAUUCCCUAUUAUUUAGCCAGCAAGUAAACACAAUUAUAGUCAUUUUCAUUAGGGAAUUAUUCAGCACAAUUUCUGUCUAUACAUGGCACCAAUGUCUAAUAAUUAAAGUGAAAAAUGGGGAAUAUUUAAAGGUUAAGGCUCAUGGUGAAUGGAUUGGAUAUUGAAAAAUAUAUAGACAUUGGAUAGGUGUUGCAAAAGUAUUUUUGACAUUAUUCCUUCCAAUGUGAAGUUUUUGAGAAGAGAGAGUUUUGCUUGGCAAUAAAAUAUAAGGAAUGUUAGACUUGGUUCCAUAUAAACAACUAAAUUACCCAAAGGUUAGCGGAUGGUCACAUGAUGAUAAUCAAAUGGGGAUAAGUAGGUUAGUUAGUGCCUAACUAGGUCGAUUACAUAGUUAAACUUUAAUUGAUCUACCAGCACAUCUACAUUACACUUAUACUAGUUACAAGUUACAAAUAAAUCUUACUUAAAAUAUAUUUUUAGUUGAAAUAUUAACGCCAAGUAAAUGUAAUGUAGAUGAUCUAAUCGUUAAGACGUCAUGAAUACGAGUCCUUCCAAAGUAUGACGUACCUACUUGAAGUUUAGUUUUAUAGUGAAAUGUACGGUAGUCGCUACAGUAAUCAUAUUAUUUUUAAAUAAACACUACUAUCGACAAUUGUAUGGAAAUUAUUUUAUAUCUAUUUUUGUGAUUAAACAUUGAAGGUUGUUCGUUAUUUUUAUUUUAUUUUAUGUGGCAACACUUGCCUGUCUUGUAAUUUAAGAUUUGAUUUCACUUUAUUUACUUAAACUGAGAAUUUUGAGUGAAGUAAGAUGACUCUUCAUUAUAAAGUUAUCUUCAGUUUAAGUAAAUUAAGUAGAAAAGUAUAUUUUUUUAUCACUAACUGGGUUUGUAAAUUAUUACAUUUAUUUUGGUGUCAGUUGGAGUUAUGCAUUAGGUUUAUUAAUCAAACUAAAUUUUUGGGGAACAGUGUGGGAAUUUUAUGUUGUAAUUUUUAUUCCAAGUGAGUUCCUAUAUUUUUGUAAUUUUGUUCCUUUUGCACUUGGAGAAUGAUUUUCUUACGAAAUUAUUUUUUAAUUUGGGGGUGGUCAAUCAUUGUUAAAAGCGUAGGUGCGUAUUUCAGAAGGUCACUCAAGAAUUUAGGGUGCAGAAAAUAUGAAUUAACGUCGUCAAAUGGCUCCGUAAUUUUGUCAAAGAAAAAGAUGAAACUCGAAAUAUGAUAAAAGACAAUUUUGUCUCGAGUAGCGUUCUGAAAUAUGCGAAACGUAUAGUACGUAUCCUAUUUAUGGACUUUUACUAAUCACUAUUUUCAAAAGAGGCUUAAAAAAUACUACCAAUAUUUGUGGAUAAAAAUUAUUUAAAUUGUUUUUUUUUCUCCGACUGAUACCAUUUGUAAGAACAUUGGAAUUGAAUAUUUUAACACUUGAAUAUCAAAUCAAAGAUUAUAUUUCUUGUGUUUUGGAAUUCCGUGUGUACAUACAAGUUUAUUAUUAUAGUGAAUAUAUAUAAAUUAUAAAAUCACGCCUGAAUGUAAGUUCAAACGUUAUAGAACUGAUUUUCAUUGUGUUCCGUUAGAAUAAAAUGUAUAAAUAAAAGAAAA